AUGGAUGUCAGCACCAAUCAAGACCCUCCAAGCGAUCCACUGAACCUAAGGUCAAGCAUUCUAGUGAACAGAGAACCUCUAAAUUAUAUAAAGAAAAUCCGUACAGCGAAGCCCACUUCCAGACCAACAGAAGUUAAUAAAAAGCCUAAAAUAAACAUAAAACCUAAUGUAACUAAAUAAUCUGACUACUCUUCGAGGAGUUUUCAAGUCUGACUUCAACCAAGUCACCAAGGCACUUAAUCAGAGUAAGAGCAAGAGCAUCUCCAAGAAUGCAUCGAACAUGAGUCCUUCCCACAACAUAACUCUUAGCAUCAACAAUAGCGGGACUCCCAACACUGCAGCACCACUGUCUGCCAAGAUGCCAUUGAAUUCAAAAUAAAAUCAGUUCACAGAAAAUUUGAAUGAAGCAUCACAUCGAGACUCCCAAUGGAUCCAAGUCAGAUAACAAAGAAGGAAUCCUAGUUGUCUACAAGUGUAUCUGAAAACGUCGGUCUGAGAAGACCUCCAACCCUUGCAGCAACUACUGUGCUUACCUCCCUCCUGGGAAGCAGAGAGACAUCAUCCUUAGCGAAAAAUGAAAGACCAACAAAAGCUCUGAAAAUUCUGAAAUCUGGUAUGCCAUCUCUGCUAAAUGGUGGAAGAAAUGGUGUGACUUUGUCAACAUUGAAUACCAAGAAAUAACCAGUCCCUCUCUGGAAAAGGUCAUGUCAGCACAGAAUCUCGAAGGAGACUACUAUCAGCAAGAUAACACUUCUAAGUCACCUAGGAAGGUUAGUUCUCAAAAUCUGAAGUAUAAUGAAUACCAGCAGAGGCAAGAAGUUACCCAGUCAGUUAUCUCGGUCACUGAGCUAUACGACCGACCUGAUAGGAUCAACAAUUCGGAAAUAUGCGAAUACAGUGAUGAGUACCUAGCCUUUACUCUUAAGAACAAUGUGCAGGAGCUAUAUGACUACAUUAGAGUAAACCACCUUGUCUGGAGGUACAUCAAGCGAUGGUACGGGUACGACCACGAGGUGAUCAUCAACCCAUAA